ACGCCUGCGCAGCGGGCCCAGGGGACCGAUGGGGGGUGAAGAAGGGGCCGGCCUUCGAGCGACAGCGACGCAAGAUGGCAGCCACCACGGGCUCGGGAGUAAAAGUCCCUCGCAAUUUCCGACUGUUGGAAGAACUCGAAGAAGGCCAGAAAGGAGUAGGAGAUGGCACAGUUAGCUGGGGUCUAGAAGAUGACGAAGACAUGACGCUUACACGGUGGACAGGGAUGACAAUUUAUGAAAACCGAAUAUACAGCCUUAAAAUAGAAUGUGGACCUAAAUACCCAGAAGCACCCCCCUUUGUAAGAUUUGUAACAAAAAUUAAUAUGAAUGGAAUUAAUAGUUCUAACGGAGUGGUGGACCCCAGAGCCAUCUCAGUGCUAGCCAAGUGGCAGAACUCGUAUAGCAUCAAAGUCAUCCUGCAGGUGAUGUCUAAAGAGAACAUGAAGCUCCUGCAGCUGCCAGAAGGACAGUGCUACAGCAAUUAAUCAGAAAGAACACAGGCCCUCCCCCAUCUGACUUAAGCAGUCUUCAUUUUCCAUAGAAGUCAAUUUUCGAGAUACAGUCUUGUAGACCUCAAAGUACUGGAAAGGAAGCUCCCAUUCAAAGGCAAUUUAUUUUAAGAUACUGUAAACGAUACUAAUUUCUUGUCCAUUUGAGAUACAUGAAUUGCGUUAUAACAGAUCACCCUGUCGAGUGUAACCACUGUCCACGUAGUUGAACUUCUGGGAUCAAGAGAGUGUAUUUAAAUUGGUCCCCAUCAGACCUGGUGGGGCACGUCUAACUCAACUGUGAAAAGACACAUCACACAAUCACCUUGCUGCUGAUCACAUGGCCUGGGGUCUCUGCCUUCUCCCCCUGCCUCUUCCCUUGCCCUCCCUGCAACAGCCCUCCGGCGUGGGGUGCUCGUUAGAGUAGAUGUGAAGGUUUCCGGUCGCAGCCUGUGGGACUGCUGGGUGUGUGGGGUGCUCUACCUGCACCCCUGGUUUCUUUUUUUUUUUUUAAGUCUUAAUUGAUCCCCCACCUCCAAGCCAUCCCACCUGUCCCCCUGUCCUCCACUCCCGCCCUCGGCCGAAGCAUAGAUUGUAACCCCCUUCCCCUCUGAAAUUGGCCUUCGGUGAGGAAUUCAGGGCUCUCCCCCCAUAUCUUCUGUCCCCUACCUUUAUCGAGGGGUGCUGCUUUUCCUUCCUCCUCAAGUCCCCUUUGCACCGUCACUACCCGAUGCUCCCCGUGGCACUGCCCUGCGUGGGCGGAGCUGGCAGGUUGGGUCGGGAAGAGGCCCUGACCUCCACGCUCAGUGCGCUCCCCGCCAGCCCGGGAAGUGAGUGCCACCCUCGCCGUGGUCCUUGCCUACGUGGUUUUUAGGUUUUCCGCUCAGGUUCGAUGACAUGAGAAGAGCUGUCACCAGGGUUACUCAGACCUGCCGGCUCGCAGAGCCCCCGGCAGCCGAACUCGGAGAGAGGCCACACGAAGACACCAGUAAGCACACAUCCCUUCGAAUGAUCGUUUUCUUGUCCCGUAAUUGCUUUUGCUUUUAAAAUGGAAGACGUUUUCAGCAGGGCUCGCAUCUGGUCAUCCUUGCAACCCAUUCGGGUCUGGUUUGGAACCUGACAACUGGAACAAAAAGAACCUUGACCUCGGUGCGUCUCCGGCUCUGGUGCUGCCACCGCCUUCACAUCCUCAGCAGGGACUAAGCAAGGACUGCGUCCGCGGAGCCCGAGCCACGGGCGGGACUUCCUGGCACGCGGCUGCGUGAGUCCGCCAUCUGUUCAGGACCACUGCAUGCUGACAUGUGGGUGCCAACCGAAUAGAAGCAAUUCAUUGUGUUCCUACCUUUUUUUUUUUUUAAUUUGUAUAAAACCACCUUUUGAAGCAGCAACUAUCAAGUUUGAAAAGCAAUUGAUAUUUCCAUUCAUCUUUUUUUCUGGGGAAAACCUUAGUUCUAAGGAUUUAACACCCUGUAAGUAAAGUUUAACAUAACAGUA